AUGCCGCACAGACGCCGCGGCGGCGGGCCCCCAGGCAACACACCCCCCGCGCGGACAGUAGACAGCCGCGGAGCCGCACCCGGCGGGGCCGGCGGCGGCGGCGGAGGCGGGGGAAAGGCGGAGGAGGAGCGCGUGCUGAUCAGCGAAAUAGUGAUUCGCGACAAGGACGGCGGCGAAGUGGAGGACGAGGAGCUGCUGAAGGUGGUGGCGGGCGCGCUCAAGGUGUCCAAGGCCAACGCGGCGCUGACGACGCGCGAGGUGCAGGAGGACGUGCAUCGUAUCAUCGACACUGGGUACUUCGCCAGCUGCCUUCCGACUGCGGAGGACACACGUGACGGCGUGCGGCUUAUCUUCUGGGUGCGUCCACGUGUGGGGGAGAAAGGGGGGGAGGGUGGGGUCUGGGUGGAGGCGAAUCAGGAGAUGAAGGGGCUGAUGUGCAUGGGAGCCAAUGUGCUGCCGACACGUGUCAUUGAGGACGCCUUCCGGGACGAGUACGGCAAGGUGGUGAACAUUCAGCGCCUCAACGGCGUGCUGGAUGUGCUCAACGGCUGGUACAGCGACCGCGGCCUCUUCGGCCAGGUAACGGACGUGGAGCUGCUGUCGGAUGGGGUGGUGCGGGUGAAGGUGGCGGAGGCGGAGGUGAACAACAUCACCAUCAAGUUCCGCGACCGCAAGACAGGCGAGCCGACGACAGGCAAGACGCGGCCAGAGACCAUCUUGCGGCAACUCAUGACCAAGAAAGGGCAGGUGUACUCGCUACAGCAGGGGCGGCGGGACGUGGAGACGGUGUUCACGAUGGGCAUCAUGGAGGACGUCAAUUUGAUCCCACACCCUGCCCCUGGAGACACGGGCAUGGUGGACCUCACCAUGAAUGUUGUAGAGCGCCCGCCAGGUGGCUUCUCUGCUGGCGGUGGGCUGUCCGGCAGCAGCCUUUCCGGAGGAGCUCUCUCUGGCCUCAUUGGCAGCUUCACGUACUCACACCGCAACGUGAGGGGGCGCAACCAGAAGCUGAACGUGGCGGUGGAGCGAGGCCAGCUGGACUCCAUCUUCCGCGCCUCGUACAGCGACCCGUGGAUCGAGGGCGAUGACAAGCGCACGUCACGGGCCAUCAACAUUCAGAACUCGCGCACGCCAGACAUGAUGGUGCACGGGGUGCGGCGGGACGGCAGUGCGGGCGGCCCGUGGGCAGGGGGGGUGACCAUCGCACGGGUGGUGGCCUCGGUGGACUACAGCCGCCCCAUCCGCCCCCGCUGGACCGCUACAGCCGGGCUCAACCUGCAGAGAGCAGGGGCGAGGGACGACCACGGCCACCCCAAGCUGGUUGAUGCCUAUGGCAGUCCGCUCACCUUCAGUGGGCGGGCAUCAGACGACAUGCUGAUAGCCAAGCUUGAGACGGUUUACACCGACUCAGGAGAUAAUGCCUCCUCACAGCUCGUGCUGAGCACGGAGCAGGCCAUCCCCAUCGCGCCCGACUGGCUCUGCUUCAACCGCAUCAACGCCCGCGCGCGUAACGGCUUCCGCAUCGCCCAUGCUCGCCUCAUCGGCAGCUUCUCAGGCGGCACGGUGGUGGGCGACCUGGCGCCACACGAGGCGUUCCCCAUCGGCGGCACCAACAGCGUGCGCGGAUAUGACGAGGGCGCUGUGGGGUCGGGGCGAUCCUACAUCGUCACCAGCGGGGAGAUCUCCUUCCCCAUGUUUGGCCCACUAGAGGGUGCCUUCUUUGCCGACUAUGGCACCGACCUAGGCUCGGGUGCCACUGUGCUAGGUGACCCAGCAGGGGCACGGGGCAAGCCAGGGAGGGGCUUUGGGCUGGGCGCGGGGGUGCGGGUGGACUCACCGCUGGGCCCUCUGCGCCUGGAGUAUGCGUUCAAUGACCAGAAGAUCCCUCGCUUCCACUUUGGCAUUGGCUACCGCAACUAG